AUGUGUCAAAUCUAUCCAGGCCUUACUUGUUUGUUUAUUUUUGAACUUUCGUCCGUCGGGACGCCAGUGCUUACUGCCCUGGUGGCUUCGCCCUUGCUACUUCCUAACUAG